UUUCGAAGAAAAUCAACAACUUUGUUUCGGAUUCUACGUAUCGCUGUAAAACCGCAGAUUUCUUCGGAAGGCAUGUUUCUUUAGAGAGCAGAAUUUAAUCAGAGAAUUCGAUGGAAACUGGCAGCCGUGUUGUCCGAGGACCUGACUGGAAGUGGACAAACCAAGAUGGAGGCGAGGGGCAUGUUGGCACUGUAGUUGUUGUUGGUAAAACGGGCAGUGUGUCUUCCCCGGAUAAAACUGUUGUUGUACAAUGGGAUGGUGGAACGAGGACGAAUUACAGAUGUGGUUAUCAAGGAGCAUUCGAUCUCUGUUUGUUUGAUAAUGGCCCUGUUGGUAUUAUACACAAUAAUGUUUCUUGUAAUGAAUGUAAGAAGCAAUCCAUUGAAGGAAUGCGCUGGGAAUGUGCUGAUUGUGUGAACUACAAUUUGUGUACUUCAUGCUAUAUGGGUGAUAAGCAUUCACUGGAGCAUGGAUUUAACAGAAUAGAGGCUCGUGGAAAACCAGGGGUUUAUGUUGGCAGAAGACUCGGAAAAUGUAAAGUUGAGGCCAAGGGUAUAUUUUGUGGUGCACAGGUUACAAGAGGACCGGACUGGGACUGGGGAAAUCAAGAUGGAGGAGAGGGGAGUGUUGGUCAAGUUGUAGAAGUGAGAGGCUGGGAGACAGAGAGUUUUCAGAGUGUAGCAUGUGUGAUGUGGAAACCUACUAGUACAAAUGUGUACCGUGUGGGACACAAGGGGAAGGUGGAUUUGAUUUGCCUAAGGGAAGGUUCUGGAGGAUUUUAUUACAAGAAUCAUUUGCCAAAACUUGGACAGAAGCCUGAAUCCCUGAUAAUCCCUUCAACAAGUAGUGCAGCCUCAGCAACUGGUGCAGUUGAUCACUCUAUGAAUUUCGAGGUUGGUGAACGCGUCAGAGUGCUUUUGGAUGUGACUACAUUGAAGGAUAUUCAGGAAGGACAUGGUGGAUGGAAUGACAAAAUGGAAGAGGUGAUUGGUCUAGUGGGUACUGUCCAUAGAAUCACAGAGCGAGGGGAUGUCAGAGUGCAGUAUCCUGGGUUUGCAAACAGGUGGACAUUUCAUCCAGCCUCUCUCACAAAGGUGGAGGAGUUUCAUAUUAAUGACAAGGUACGCAUCAUGAAAGAUCAACCAUUGCUCAAGAAACUUCAGGUUGGGCACGGAGAAUGGACAGAUAGCAUGGCUGUGGCUCUAGGCAAAGUGGGUAAAGUGCUGAAGAUUUACUCCGAUGGGGACAUCCGCGUGUCUGUAGCAGAUCAUGUAUGGACGUUCAACUCAGCUGUACUUGUAAAAGAGGCAUCUGCAGCCACAUCUGAGCCACAGUCCACCUCGCAGAGGGGACAGGUGGAGUUCCAAGGGAUCUUACAAUCGUCAUCAUCCUCUACAUCUUCUUCUGCCUCGCAGCAGCAUGAUCAUGACAAUUUGACAGCAGAGGAACGAAGACAAUCUCAGCAGUUGCAGACAGAGAUAGACCAAUCGCUGAGGUCUCUUUUAGACCAUCUCCGUAUCAACAGUUCGACUGACAUCGGAUCCAUGAUCAUAAGCGAAGCAGGACAAGGGAAUGUUGAACGACUAAAGGAGUUGUUCCAUGCCCAUCCAGAUAAGGUGGAUGUGGUGCGAUCAGACAAGACAGCAUUGCAGAUAGCCAGUCAUCAGGGACUAACAGCAGUUGUUGAGCUUCUGAUUCAGCUAGGCGCAGAUGUUAAUUUACAGGAUCCUGAAGGCGACACUGCUUUGCAUUACGCAGCAUUUGGUAAUCAGCCCACAACAGCUGCCGCUCUGUUGAAAGGAGGAGCAGACGGAAACCGGCUCAACAAAAACAAAUGUUCCCCUUUGCAUGUUGCAGUAAACAAGGGCUUCACUGACGUAGUGAAAACGUUUCUUAGCUGCUCAUGCAACGUCAAUGCUCAGGACUCUUAUGGCGACACUGUUCUUCAUGACGCUAUUGCUAAAGACUUUGCAGACAUUGUCGAACUCCUUAUAAACUUCCGUGGCAUUGACUUGUCAAUCAAGAACAAACGAGGAUUCAAUUGCUUGCACCAUGCUUCCUUGAAAGGAAAUGCAAGAGCAGCGUCGCUGAUUAUACAAAAGUCACCAGAUUUAAUGGGGGCAGUCAAAGAUGAUGGCUUCUCAGCGCUUCACCUGGCGUCAUUGAACGGACAUUAUGAUGUUGUUAAAUGUUUAGUUCAGGCUCGCUCUCUUUUUGACAUCAAUCUCCGCAAUGGUCGUCAACAGACGCCUCUCCUCCUUGCAGUCGAUAAAAGACACGUGAAAAUAGCUAAACUUCUUUUGGAAAAUGGAGCUAAUGUCAACGCACAAGAUGAUGUCGGUGAUUCACCACUUCAUGUAGUAGUCAUGUACCAUUCCUUGAAAUUUGGAGGAAAUAAUGCUCCAAAGAAAGAGCUUCCUCUAAGCGAUCCUACAUUUGGUAUAACCAAAUUACUAGUGGAGCAUGGUGCAGACAUGACACUUGAAAACAAACAUAGGAAAACCCCAGUACAGCUAUGCAGAGAUCCACGGCUCCGAGAGAUCUUGUUACCCGAGGGUGCUGCACAAGAAGAUGCGACACGAAAAAAAUCUCAGUCAUCAAAUGGCGCCUCUCCGUGUGCAUCGUCGAGUUCAUCGUCUGGCGUUUCCAUGGAAACAGGCAUUAAAUGUCGCGUGUGUGAUUUACCUGCUAAUGCCAUUUUUUCCCCAUGUGGUCACGUGGUCGCUUGCAUGGAUUGUGCACCAAUGCUUAAGAAGUGUUUUCGUUGUAAGGCUGCGGUUGAGUCGUUUGCUAAAGUACAGCAGGAAGCGGAGAGUGUGGAAUGUGUAGUGUGUUCAGAUGAGCCUCCCUCCGUCAAGUUUGAACCAUGUGGACAUAUGAUAGUUUGUGAAGGAUGUGCUACACGCAUGAAAAAGUGCCUGAAAUGCAAGGGUGUUAUUGAAAGGAAAAUAUCCAGUGGACAAAACGCACCCGCUCAACCAGUAGAAUUGAGCGAAAACGAUGAAAAAUACUUGGAAACACUCCAGUCCUUGCUGUCGCUUCAAGCUCAUGUACGGGAGAUAGAAGAUGCCAACAUGUGCGCCAUUUGUCUUGAAAAACCUCGCAAUAUGGCGUUUCUGUGUGGCCACGGCACAUGCGUAGAGUGUGCCACGUCACUGGAGGUGUGUCCUAUGUGCAGGAAACCCAUUACUAAAAAGAUAACUCUGUUCAACUGAAUGCACAGGAAACCCACCACGAAGACCAUGGCGCUGUUUUUAUGAAUGGGAUGCUAUGGUAGUAAAUUUCUUAGUCGAUAAGCUUUUUGCAGUCAAAGAUCACAUGGUACAAACGAAAACCGGUAUGAGGGCAAAUCUUAUGCAAGGAUAUUAUCUUUAUUGUGUCCAAAGCGUAAAUUUGUUCUUCGGCAAUGUGGGUUUUUUUUUUUUGUCUUUCCAGUGUGACCGAUUACUUUAAAAGGCCCCUUUAAGUUUGAGCGGGAUUUCAAUUGCCAGUCUUGACUAGAUCAAGAUUUUUCUCCCAAGAAUGCUUACCCAGAUUGAGAUAACACAUUUGACAUAUAUAUCAAGGUGUGUUACUUUUGGGAAAACAAAAAUACUCAAAGGUACGAUCAAAAAUGGACAGGCUGUCAAUAUGGUUCGGAAGCCUGUUCAGAAAACUGUUCUUUUCGACCUGAACAUGGUUUGUGCUAAUUAAAUAAGUCUACCUAAAAAUUGUACACAGGACUCGAGAAACCUUGGGAUUCAACAGUCAAAGUCAAAGAACGAGUCACCACAACUUAAAAAAUUUUACUGAAAAACAUAUUUGCAUGGUGCUUACACUGGAUCGUGGUUUUAGAAACCAAAGACGGCCUGUAAUUCCUUGUAAGGAAUUCGAGCAAAUAACUAUUUUGUUAUCAUAGUACUGAGACACUGUAGAAUUUUACAAAAGAAGAUAUAAUUCCCAGCCCUUGCCCCUAGAUGUUCCGCGUUCACUCAGUAUGGAUCUACUAUUCUAUGUUGUUAAGCUACGCGCGGGCAAAGCAGUACGAGGAAAAGCUAAGGAACAGGGUAAGAAAAACCCUUUCGAGGUUUUUCAGGGAUUGAAGAAUCUAAGGGCUAAUUUCAGAGAUCUUAGGUUUAUAAGUGUCUUUAACAAAUACAAUCCAAAUGCAAGUUGUUAAAUUAUAUUUAUCGAUAUCUAAUAUCUCAUUUGUCACUGAUUUUAGCUGGACUUUUGAUGUGGCAAGUGAACGACAUUAUCUUUUAAUUUGAAUAUAUCAACAAAGUUGAAAUGGUAAAUUGGCCACCGUUACGAUUAUAAAAGCUGACG